AAUAUAACCCUCACCGCCACAGCCCAGCCACAAUAAGCUACGCGUGGGUUUGUUGUUAUGUGGCGCAGCAGUUUCUCCUUUCUCGUCUGCCUGUACACAAACACGCAGCAGAGGAUUAAUAGCCCGCCCGCAGUCCGCCGCAAACGUCUUCAGACCACCCCGAACUACGGCUGCACGAGGUUUUUGUUUGUUGCGCGAUAGGCAGCGGUCUUGUUUUUUGUUCUGCUUGUCUGGCAACUCGUUGAAGCGGUGUUUUGACUGCGCGACGCAUUGAGCUGCUUCUCGCUCUUUCACCCUCUCUAGCUCCCUCUACUACGCGCGCAAUACGCUCUACUCUGUCAGAUAUCGAGAACACUCACAAUGAGUCGCCAGCGGCAACUACAGCCAGUCCGGCAUCCGCUCAACAAGCUGGGCAACGACGUCGAAUCAUGGGACGACGACCCGGAAUUCGACCUUCAAGGCGACGAGGAUCUUUUUGGAAAACUGUCCACGCUCGAAAACUCGCUGCAAAACUUCAAAUCGACCGCUUCGUCCUCGCGAUCGUCGUCCGGCAAAUCUGCAGACUCGCUCUCGUUCGAGGACAGGCUUGAGUCUCUCAGUCUAAACGACGACGACGGCGGUUUGGCUGCGUCUUUUGCUUCUAAAGCUGCUUUGGAUGAUGCCUUUGACGGGUUUAGUGAUUUCGGUGAUGACGACGACGAAGACGACAGGAACGGCGACAAAAGCACAAUCAAAAUGUCAUCCGCGGCAGCAGUCAGCAUUCUGGGCACCGUGCAACAGCUAGAACCAGGUGACUCCUCGACACUCAAGGGAUCUGAUUCAUCUAGACUGAUCGACAAACAGAAAAUUCUCAGCUGGGUGGAAGAUAGCGAAGAAGCUGGGCUCGAUUUCGACGAUACACUUAAACCGCGUCAGCAGUCCACAGACAGGAGACCGGAUCAUGGCGGCGACAUCAUCAGCGGCUCUCUGUUCGAGGUGCCUAUUUCCAAGUCCACCGGCAAGCCGUCACCGAAACUAACCCAGCACUCAUCACCCCGGCCGACUUCUUCCAAGCAGAAAUCGCCCAAGCUCAGCACUGUUGUCGAAAGUAGUCGACAAAAGACACCGCCAAAAAGCGAUUUCGACGAUUUCGAGAGCGAUUUUGUCAUUCCCGACGAUCUGAGUAAGAUCGAGCUCAAGCUCUCGACUCGUCCACGAACACCGGUGCAUCUGGGAGGCGAUAGCGAUAUCGAAGGCGGAUGGGGUGAGGAAAGCACGAGCACGCGGUACACCGGAUCGAAAUUCACGGAUUCGUCGAAUCGAUCGUCGAUGAUUUCGGCGUUUUCGCCGUCUUCGAGCGUGACGUACGAAAGCGAGGACGAAGGCUUGCUCGGACUACAGAUUCCCAGCGGACCGCUUAAUUUCCAGCAGCUCCUGGACGGCAAGAUGAAGGAUGUUGGGGGCGACUUGUCCAAGACCGAGGCUGAUGUGCAAAACCUUGAGCACGAGGAAUUUCUCGAAGGUCUCGAGAUCGGAGAGGAUGAUCAUAUUUUCGAUACCGGGAAGUGGACCGUGAACAAAAACAUCAAGCAAAAGUCGAUGGGCGGUCUCUCGUCCAAGACGUCGCCAAAACGACCCACGGUUUCACAGAUCUUUGCUCCGAGGCCUACGAGGAUUCCGCGACCAGUAAGCCAGACGUCUAAUUCAUCGCCGCUGCUACAAACACAGUCGUCGCUAUCAAUGCUCAAACCCGAAGCGCCCCCGAUUCCGCCGACAAACUCCACUCAACUGAGGCGCCUGGGGCAUAAAGCAUCCAUGGCCUCGAUAAAGCCGUCAGGGCAGAAUUCAAACCAACGACAUGGCGCCUUACUAUCAAAGAAAUCGAUGCCCUCACUCCGGACUUCAACAAGUGACCUCGGGAACGACCGAUAUAGUCUAUCAAGUGCACCACCGCUUCCUUCUCUACCUUCGCGGUUAUCCUCUGGUAUCUCGUCAAACACCGCAUCGCCAGGGAUCCGCCCUGCAGCAAGCUCGAGCAAUCUAAGACGCAUGACCUCACGAAGCAGUAUGAUCCCGCCGAGUCCCGCAUCGCUCGGCACACCCGCCACACCCUCGAUCCCGCCGUUCAACCGGUUCUCUCGAAAACCUUCGAUGAGCAGCUUCCACUCGCACGCAUUGUCUGAUGAUAGCUUACCCGGGCGCGCGACGGUCUCGCAGUCAACGGCGACGACGACGACAACGACAAUAAGCUCGGCAACAACGAAAAACACGCCGUCGCCGCGGAAACACUACAUCGAGACCGAGGUGCCGGACUCUGUCAGACGAGAGGCGCCGACGACGAAGACUCUACUGAGACCGGUGCGGAGGCGACUUUUUGGAGAUGGUACUGAGCUGGACGAGUUUGAGGAUCUGCCGAUUAGUUCGGUGAAGGAGCAGACGUAUCUGAAGAAGCCUUCCAGUGGUGGAAGCCAUUCCAAGAAAAGCUCACUGAGCUCAAGAGGAGACGAUACAGGAAUCUCGCAUCUCAGAGACAUAUCAAAGACUCAGGGCCGUCGUCAGACAUCGACUCAGUUGCGCAAAGCAGCUUCGUCGAGCAGCAUCGCUGGCAGCAGUAGUAUUCCAUCCGCGAUGCCAAAGUCAGCAAAGAGCAGUAACAUUCCACCUGCCAAGACGACCCGCCAGCCAUCAAGCAAGCCACGACGAAAGCAGCAGCAGCAACGGCCGCAUUUGAUUCGGCCGAUGGGAGACUAUGCGAACGCUCCGCGGCAGGAGAAAGGAAUGAGGUAUAACCCCAAGACGUUCAAGUGGGAAGGAAAUGACUCGGUGACGGUUGAUUUCGAAUCCGUCGUGCUCACGCCGCCGCGACCGGCGCUGAUCUCGAAUAUCUCGGCAAAGAAGGGGAUUCAGGUCGUGGGCGGGAUGGUGUUUGAUCCUGUUCGGAUGUGCUGGUUCAAAGCCAGUGAUGUCAUGCGGCCGAGCGCAGGGUCUGGGUCUCCACACGGCAGCGCAGGAGAGGUGGAGUUUGAUUUCGACGGCGCGGCAGCGAGUAUGGAGGACGAUCCGUUUGCCGGGUUUGACGACGAAUUCGACGACGAGGACACGCUGAAGGCGCACGAGCAGCAGCAGUUUUCAGCCUCGGAAGGCACGCUGAGCAAACGGCCUCUGUCGAUGGGCGGCGGCAACCGGGCAGCGAGCUCGCAGCUGCCGUCGUCGUUCGCGACGGGCGACGGGGGGCGAAGGAAGAUCGACACGGGAAGCGUCUACGGGGAGUUUGUGGUGGGCGAGGAGUUUGAUGUCGGGCCUGGGUUUGUGCGGAAGCAGAUGGACGAGGAGGAGCGGUGGAGACGGAAAGUACAUGGGUGGAUUGGACGGGAGACGAGCGAAGGGGCCGGGGCGGGGCAGCCGUUCAGCAGAGAGUAUUUAUAUGAGAUCCGGACUCUGAUCAUGGGGCGGAAGUAAUAUGAAGGGUUUUAUUGUAUAUAUAUCUACAUCAAGAACAGGCAUGAACGCAUCAGAAGGUAGAUGGAAGUUCGAUAGGCGUUUGACGGGGUAGGGUUUUGUCUGUUCGGCGGGCGAUAUGACGGAGGGAACU